AUGCGAAUGGAAAAAGUGCAGCUCAGUGACGCAGGCCGUUAUUCCGGCAGCGUGUCUAACGGGGCGGGGUCAGACCAGCGCAGCGUGGAGCUUAGAGUCUACGGAACGUACUUGUGUCAGGCACAAAAUACAGGUGGAACCACAGAGAGCAAAACACAGCUCAUCCUCCAGGUUCCUCCUGUUAUUUCUGUACCUCGUGAUGAAUACACACUUAGUGUUGGUGAGUCUGUCAGCGUCCCGUGUUCAGCGCUCGGUCAGUCGGAGCCCGAGCUGCAGUGGCACAAAUUGGGUGGCGCUGUAAGGGGCGGAGCCGACCUGAUGAUGUUCACCAAUGGAACACUGCACGUUAAAAACGGACAACUCAAACAUGCCGGUGUUUACACGUGCACGGCGUUGAGCAGCGCGGGGAGAGCGAGCCGUGACAUCACGCUGAGUGUGCAUGUUCCUCCCAAGAUUCUCGUUGUUGAGUCGGACGUGUCCGUCAUCCAGGGCUUCCAGAGUCUACUGCCGUGUUCAGCUCAAGGAGUUCCAGAACCCAAGAUUGACUCGGAGAAGAACGGAAAUUCAUCCGCAUCACAGAGCCUCCAGUUCUGA